GAACAUGGUCCUAACGAGAAUGGGUUCCUUCCUUAAUCACACGACAAUUUCCACCCAUACCUACUUUAUAUCUUUUAAACUGUCGAUACCUCCGUUCGAAAUCAGAAACAAUUACUAUGUCUUUUUUCAAUACUCCAACAAGAUACUAAUAAGAUGAGAAAACUUCUAUGAUUCAUAUUUAUCAUCAACACGACAUAAAGAACAAUUUUCAUGUGCCCCUGGCGCACAUUUGAUGCUUUGCUUGUCUCUAGUCUCGACCGUUUGGCAGCACUCAUCUCUCUCUACCGUAAGCCGGACCACUUUCAAGAACUGUACAUCAAGCAGCAACCCUCCAUAUGGAAUCGCAUUCCAUAACCAGUAUCCAUUGCCGAAUCUCUACACUACCUAUCGUCGAACCGAAAUUUCAAAUUAAUAUCGCUAAACGUAAAAGGAGAAUGGCGCGAGAAGGGCCAUACGAGCAUAGAAAAUGGACAUCUAACCUCCGCUACAAGAACCAAAAGAUGGAAUCCAAUAGAAUUUACAUAUAUACAAUCUACAAAGGAGGAGUUAGGCACAUUUAUCCUCUUGUCGAUAUCUAGAAUGAAAGUUUCAAGAGUGUGUUUCUGCGUGCUCAUCAGGAUUCCUGGUCUUGAUUUACAAUGAGAGACUCUGCGAACAACAAAAACCACCUUAUUUCGUCAACUUUCUACCCAAUUUCUUGAACUUUCAACCUCAUAAACGAAGCAACCUCCAUUCAUCUACUGCAAUCCACGGCAGACUAUUUUUUACGUCUCUGCUGUUCAACAAAUUCGAACAAUUUUAUAAAAGGGUUGGAAGAAAAAUGAUGGGGGCAAAUGGUGAUCAGGAAUUGAGUCCCUUUUUGCGUUUUACAAUGAUAUAUCCUCGAGGUCCCAAUUUUAUUUCUUCUCCAGCGAGAGGGUUCUGAUUCCAAGCCAGCAACAAGUCAAUGAGGUCGAAACCACGAUUUGAAAAUUUCGUAAACUUGGGCUGCUCCAUUUUUAAGAUGGCGGUACUUGUUUCCAAUUUCCUUGUCUUUACUCCAUCAUGGGUUGUAUCUUAGGCUUCUCACAAAAUAACCAGAAGUUAUUCGUUACCUACUUUCUCUCUCAUCUUCUUCCAAACAACUUUGGUUCACGUAGAUUCUCUCCGCCGUCAUUCUUCGGGUUAUUUGUUUUUCUUCUUCUUAUAUUUUACAUGGAAGUAGACAAAUAAGUGAACUUAUCA